AUGAGGUACCUUGGUCUGAUCAUCGACGACCAAUGGUCCUUUGAGCCCCAUUUUGCACUCCUCGCCUCGAAAGUCACUGCAGCGGCCAACGCCCUCUGCGACCUUCUCCCGAACAUAGGGGGAGCCGGAACGGGGGUGCGUAGGCUGUAUGAUGAGGUGAUCAGGGCCAGGAUCCUGUACGGUGCACCGGUCUGGGCGAAGGACCAAGUGGCAAGCCGUCGUAGCCAGGCCCUGCUGCGCAGAAUCCAGAGGACCACUGCCAUCAGGAUUGCGAGAGGGUACAAGACGGUAUUGUAUGUAUCUGCGACCAUCCUGGCUGCAUCCCUUCCGUACGAGCUGCAAGUGCUGGCCCUCCAAAAGAUCUAUGAAGACAAGAGGAGCGCGCAAACGGAGGAAGGCAACAUCCAGCCCCUGGACAUCAGGGACAUGGUUAUGGAGGAGACCUGGGAAGAUGGCGUGCCCAGCUGGAGGAGGAGGCCGAGACACAGUACCACCGAGCGGACGACGCAGGUGCUCACCGGUCAUGAUGUAUUCGGCGAGUUCCUGCAACUCAUACAGAGGGAGGUGACGUCUAUCUGUCACCGCUUUGGAGAGGCGGAGGACUCGGCGCAACACACGCUAGAACACUGCCCGGUCUGGGCAGCGUGUCUUGAGGCUCCAGAUCGGGUACAACGUGGCCCCCGAGGCGAUUGUGGAGGCCAUGCUUCGCGGCCGAUCGGAGUACGACGCCGUCUGCGCCUUUUGCGAGCGCGUUAUGCAAGCGAAGGAACAGGCGGAGAGGGUCAGAAUAAGAACCGGUCACCCAGCCAGAGUACAGCGAAGCAGGAACCCGGGACGCAACAGAGGCAGAAGAUCGCCAUCACCCUAGGCGUCGGUAUGAGCAGGUAA